UGAACAUGGCAUCCUGAACCCUUCCAUGAUCGACAGGUACAUUGCCAAGAUGCAUCCCUACUUGAAUAAUUUAUCCUGAGAAUUCUCAAUCUUCUUCAGAUUAACCCAGUGAGGAUGUUGCAUUCCAGCAAUCCUCCCAUUCGGGGGAUGUUUAUGUUGUUGGACCUACAUUCCAUACUAUGGCAAGGCCAAUGUUGAGGUAUUCCACGCAGGUACAUAAAUGAGCUGGAUAUCCAGUGGAAAAGCUCUCUCAAUCAGCAGCAUCUCUCUUUAUCUCUGACAACUGUCCAUUACAUUCUUUUUGCAGUCACUCGUUGAGUCCUUUCCACAAACAUCCUCACAAUGUACUUCUCCAAGCUCCUCGCCGUGGCAUCUGCCUUUGCCCCCGUUGCACUCGCCUACUCUGUCGCAACCGUCGACUUUGACGCUCACGAACACUGCCCUGUUGGCAAAUGGCCCACCGGCGACGCCGCUGACGAGCAAAAGCUCGUUGCCACCAAGGACACCUGCAGCAGUGCCAAGGUCAAGCACUCCUUUGACAUCGACACCUACUCUUUCAGCGCCGACAUCAUCACCCCCGACACUCCUUUUGAAUGCCAGGGCGUUGGCAUCUACGCCAACGAAGACUGCGACGGAGAGCCCGAUUACUUCCUGCCCUUUGACGGCAAAAAGCCUCACGUCCAGUCUCCCUGUCUCCCUGAUCACUUUGACAAGUUCGUCUCUGUUAAGCUGCUUUGCCACGGUCACCACAAGCCUCACCACGGCUUCCACGGUCUGCCUAACACCCCUGGCGCUCCUCACGAGGGUGGUCACUAGAUUAUUAUAGAGGAGGAAAAGGUCACGAGUGCUGCUAUUCCUGGACAAAUGAUAUGUAUUAGCAUUUGAUUUUGCGUCUAUCUUUAAUUGCAAUACCACCUAAUUCUGUACUGGGACGGGUUAGUUCAUUAAUAUAAUAAAACUGAUUGUAUACUAUGGCUGCUAUUCAACAUUAAAGUAGUAAUGAAAGGCAAUCUUUUACUCUUGGAUAUAGAGUACUAGUCAGAAGACAGGAAGCUU